AUGCCUCCUUCUCCGGCAUUGAGAUAUUCUCCUGGGAGAGAGCCAAAAGCAGACAAUCAUAAGCGAGGACGUAGCCUUGAAGGUGGGCUGCUAUUCAAAGAGAAAGAUGACGAUCUUGCCUUGUUUAAUGAAUUGCAGUCUAGAGAAAGUGAGAAUUUCUUGCUUCAGUCAGCUGAUGACUUUGAAGACUCAUUCUCUACAAAGUUGAGAUACUUUUCAGACUUCAAACUUGGAAUUUCAAUCCCUGCUCGAGGAGAGAGUAGCGAACUUCUUAAUGUAGAUGGGGAGAAGAAUGACUAUGACUGGUUAUUAACUCCACCUGACACCCCACUUUUUCCUUCUUUGGAUGAUGAGCCGCCACCAGUUAAUGUUGCAUCAAGGGGCAGACCUCGUAGUCAACCCAUUUCCAUAUCGAGAUCUUCGACAAUGGAGAAGAGUCACAGGAGCAGUAGGGGCAGUGCAAGUCCAAAUCGCUUAAGCCCUUCUCCACGUUCUGGUAAUAGUACGUUUCAGUCAAGAGGAAGACCAUCAUCAGCACCUUAUGCUAGUCCAACUCCCGGUCAACGACCUGCCACUCCUUUGCGCAGACCAUCUCCUCCUCCAAGUAAAGCCUCAACACCUGCUCCAAGGUCUUCAACUCCAACUCCAAGAGGAAUGAGCACAGGAUCGGGGGCAAGGGGAACUUCCCCCAUAAGGACAAGUAGAGGGAACUCUGCUUCACCAAAAAUAAGGGCAUGGCAGUCAAAUAUCCCAGGUUUCUCCUCUGAAGCACCACCGAAUCUUCGCACUUCUCUGGCUGAUCGGCCAGCAUCAUAUGUAAGGGGUUCCUCUCCAGCAUCCAGAAAUAGUAGGGACUCAGGCUCAAAAUUUAGCAGGCAAUCAAUGUCACCGGCCUCCAGAAGUGUCAGUUCAUCACACAGUCAUGAUAGAGACCGAAUUAGCUCACACAGCAAAGGUUCUGUGGCAUCAUCUGGCGAUGAUGAUGUGGACUCUCUACAAUCCAUUCACGUGGGUAGCUUAGACCGAUUAACUUCAAAGAGAAUUGGUGGCUUUCCUAAUAAUAGAGCUCCUGCAUUCUCCAAGAACUCAACUAGAGUAAUUUCCCCAAGUUCUGCUCCAAAAAGAUCCUUUGACUCUGCUCUUCGUCAAAUGGAUCAUCGGAAAAGUCCCCAGAACAUGUUCAGACCACUUCUAUCUAGUGUCCCCAGCACUACCUUCUAUACUGGAAAAGCAAGUUCUGCACAUCGCUCUUUGAUGUCGAGGAACUCUUCUGUUACGACCAGCAGUAAUGCAAGUUCUGAUCAAGGUACCAGUGUUGCACCUGAUACCGAGGGAAGUGACCACCACCAGGAUGAGAUGGCAACUGAAAGUUGUAAGGUUCCAUAUCCUGAUGCUCAGGAAGAGGUUUUUGCCUUCGAUAAGGUGGAUGCAUUAAAUAAGGAUGUCAGGCAUGAUGCAGACAAUAGCCUUCACUUUCAGCUGCAUGACUUUGACAGGGACCCCACAAUUGAAUAUGAGCCUGGUGAGACUGAGGAGUUCAGACACCAUGACAAGGAAAUCAGUUCUGCUUCUGACACUUUAUGUGUCGAGGCUGAUUUGUCAGAAGUUGACAGUCUAGAAAACACAAGAGUUUGUUCUAAAUGUGGUUGCAGGUAUCGUGUUAUCAAAACCCUCGAUAAGGAUGUCAAUCUUUGUCCUGAUUGCUGUAGGCAAGACAAUCUUGUUGGUACUGCCACUCCAAAUGCAACAAUAGUAGCCUCUGAGAGCGUCCCAGUACUGUCUAUUAAUAUAUCUGAAGAAUACCAGCCAUCUGAUGAGCCAGAUACCCAGAUGGCUGUACCUGAACUACAGCCACAAGUUAAUGAUAUGGAACCACAAGUUGUUGAUACGGUUGAUGCAAGGGUUUCCCGGCAUGAAGACAGAGUUGAGCAAAGCGAGACUUCAUGUCAUGAGCAAAACCGUGUUUAUUCCCGAGAAAGUUCUCGUACUAGGUCUUUGAUGGAGGGAAGUGAACAUAGUACCGCCGGCCAUCAUGAAACAGGACAUCCACCUGCUGGCUAUAGCCUUCCUGGUGGAAGCUCUGGAGAUCAGCUAUUGCCUCACUCAAAUAACUAUCCAAGUUUGAAGGCUGGUGUUUCAGAAGGUGCUGGCAUUUCUGUAUUGCUCAAGAGGUCUAGCAGCAGCAAGGGGCCUGUUGUUCAAGGCAGGACUUUAAUUGCCUCUACCAUUACUUAUGAUGAUUUGUCGUAUGCAAGAGACAGUGUGAGCAGUUUGAGAAGCUCCAUUGGGCAUGGUAGCACAUCUGCAUCAUCCUCCAUUGAUUUCAGCUCCAGCAAACAAGUUGAAACACGUGUUCAACGACAGUUAAGUGGCAGGAAAUCUGACAUGGAGAACUACAGAUAUGACCUAAACUCAAGAUCUCAAAGCACUAUGACAUCUUUAUCUGGAACUUUAAAUGAUGGUCAUCAAAUUCAAGGUCUUGCAACAAACACACAUGAAGAAAAUGCUGAGGUCUUUGUUGGCAAUAUGAAAUAUGAUGGGUUGGAGGAAACAUCUGUAGCUUCUCAAAGGAUAUUGCUGGCUUCAGAAAAUAAAGAAAUGGAUAUUUCUCGUGCAUUUUUUACUGAAGCAGCAGUUCCUGAAGAAGAUUUGUUUGAGCAAAAUGACAGUAAUAGAAAAAUUGAUGUCUCUUCUUCAGAUUUGUCACAUCACACAAUUGGCGUUCAGUUGGAGGAGAAUUCAGUACUAAACCAUGACAACUUUUCUUCAUACGAAAAUGGAGAAGAUUUGCCAAACAAUGCAGUGGAUUUCUCAGAUGCAGAAUCAUCAGCUAUUCCUCCAGAGGCUUCUGUUGAAGCCAAACAUAACAUGCUGAACACUAGACUUGAGAGAUUGGAUGUUGCUGAGUUUUCUACUCAUAGUCAUUUGGCUUCAAUAUCAGAAAUAGAAGUUGAGAACAACUGUCAUGGUAAUGGCUCAGAGAAUGAUGAUAUCUCGACAAAUUCUAGGAGCACCGUAAAUGAAGCUCAGGAUCAUCCAGUCUCAACAUGUUCAGAUAAGGAAACAACCGCUUCUGUUUUGGAACACAACAUGCCAGAUCAUGCAGAUGGAAUAAUAGGUAUGUUUAAUCCUGGCUUGUGA